AUGGCGCAGAACCCAUACCUCCUCGCGGCCGACAACAAGCCCGAGCUUCUCCCGCUCCUGCGUGAGAACCCCUCCAUGGCAUCGCAGCAGGAUGAGCACGGCUACAGUCUGAUCCACGCCGCCGCCUCCUACAACCACCUCGACCUCCUGCGCACGCUGGUCCGCGAGUUCUCCGUGCCCGUCGACCUGCGCGACGAGGACGGCGAGACGGCUCUCUUCGUUGUCGAGACCGUUGAGGCGGCGCGCGUGCUGGUCGAGGAGCUGGGGCUGGAUGAGAAGAUCAAGGGGAGCGAAGGGUUGACCGCGCGUGAAAAGAUCGAGGCCGAGGAAGAGUUUCCCGAGGUCGCCGAGUGGUUGAAGGCCAGGGAGGGCAAUGCAGGUGGCGUCAAUGGCCACUCGAACGGUGUCAAUGGCGAUUCCGCGGCUGGUCUCCCGCCUGUGCCGCAAGGCUUGUCCGUCACGAUGGGCACAAUGAAUGAUCCCGCGGAGGAUGGACCGGGACCGAACCCUGAAAUCAAGCGUCUAAUCGACGAGUUUGCCGCAAGGGAUGACCACGACACUCCCGAGGCUCAGGCUGAGCUUCGCCAGCUGAUAAUGCAGGUGAUAUCCGGGGAGGAGCUUUCGGGAGAUCGCAACGUCCGGGCGAGGCAAGACUGA